AGCUCGUCGUAGUGGCAAUAAUACCCUAUAUGAGGCCUUAGGAGUUGUUCAAGAUGAGAAUAGACGUUUGCUUCGUUUGGUGGGCUCCCAGAGAAGAAGGAUUCAAGAAUUAGAAGAGGAGUUAGAAGAGUGUAGAUCGAAUGCGGUAUUAAGAGUGCAGGAUAGGUGGAUGUUGGAAGAACGAUGUACGAGAUUAUUGAAUGAGAGAAAUAGGUUGAGGGCCAGGUUGGAGAAUUGUGAAGAAGAGUUGAGGAGAUUACGAGGUGAAAGAAGGAGGGAGGAUGAUGAUAAUGGGCACAGUAAAGGAAGAUCAUUUCAAGAAUGCAUUUUUUUACAAAAGUAUCCCGAAUAUGAUUUUGGUAAUAAGCAACUAUGUCUUGGGUCCUUAAUUAAAGUUGUAGAGCAGACUUCUACGAUUCUAACGGUAGUUGAAACGUUAAAUUUGGUUCAGUGGUUAACGUUCUACGGCGAUUUAAAGAAAUCCCGAAUCUCUCUUGUUUUCUUCUUUUGUCAUCUCCAAGAAGGGUUCUAUAGACGUAGAAAAAUGCCGUCACUACUUUGGAAACGAUUUACGAGUCAGGGAAGCGUUUUCGUAUUAUGA